CUUCGGGGGGCCGCCAUGUUGUGUGGCCCUCUGGGCGGCUGGGCCAGGCGCCGGGGAUGGCGGCGUCCGAAAGCAAGUGGCUCUCUGGGGUGAACGUGGUGCUGGUCAUGGCCUACGGGAGCCUGGUCUUUGUGCUGCUCUUCAUCUUCGUCAAGAGGCAGAUCAUGCGCUUCGCGAUGAAGUCCCGCCGCGGCCCCCACGUCCCGGUUGGCCAGCAUGCAUCCAAGAGCUUGAAAGAAGAGACCGACAUCCGGCUGUCCAGGGUCCAGGACAUCAAAUACGAGCCCCAGCUCUUGUCCCAAGACGACGUCCGGCUCCAUCAGCUGGAGACGCCCAGGAGUCCCUUCUGCUAUUCCUACUUGUACAGGAUGAAGGCCCUGGAUGCCAUCCGAGAGUCAGAGAUCCCGUUCUCCGCAGAAGGGAGGCACCCCAGGUCCUCGAUAGGGAAGAACUUCCGGGCCUACCUCCUGGACCUGCGCAACUCCAGCACCCCCUUCAAAGGCGUCCGUAAGACUUUGAUUGACGCUCUCCUGGACGGGUACGACAGCGCCCGCUACGGGACAGGGACUUUCGGCAGGGCGGAGUACGUCAAGUACCAAGAAACGUUGCAUGAACUGGCAGCAAUCAUCAAGGCCCGCGGAGGCAGCAGCCAACGGCAGCACCAGUCUGCAGCCAAGGACCUGACGCUCUCUCCCGACGUCUCCGGCCCCACCACCAUCCAGGUCACCUACCUGCCCUCCAGCCAGAAGAGCAAACGAGCCAAGCAUUUCCUGGAGCUCAAGAGCUUUAAGGACAACUACAACACGCUGGAGAGCACCCUGUGACCCGUUGGGGGGGGGGGGGGGGCGCUCGCCUGCCCGCAAAAGCGACUCGGAGAGGCGUCGCUCACUGUGGCCGCGCAUCGUCCAUUUGCCCACCUGGGCCGAGAGGCGUCUUCGCGCCUGCGCACCGGCCGGCAGCGGGUGCCAAAGCAAAGCGGCGUUCCGAAGCGACGGUCUGGCGCCGAAGCACGUUGCUUCUUUUGGGGGAAGGGGGGCUUCCGGAGUCCUCCUGCCACCCGCCCUCGUGGCUCUGUAAAUAUUGUCGUCCGAUGACCUCUUUAAGUUAUUUAUAAGAACUCCAUCCAGGCAUGUGACUCUCUUUCCCGCUGCCUUCAAAGAAGGAGCCAAGAACAGCCAGGGGGAACUCCGUGGGUUCUUUUUUAUUUUGGGGGACUCAUUUCGCCCUGUUUCCCCGGCCGCACGGUAGGAAUAAAUCGCGUUCUUCUUUCAGCGCUCCUCUCUCUUCCCUAACCCUGAAUUCUGCCCCGUUUUCCCUUUCAAAAGUAUGGGAGGUGAAGGCGGGUCUGGAGCGGCCCAUUUUUUACGGCAAUAUCGUUGGGAUCUCUGCCUUAUGCACGCCGGCAGUUUCUCAGCUCGGGCCGUGGCAAGAAAGCUCGCCUUCUGCCGUAGGACGAUUCUGCACGCGCCCCCUCCACCCGCUGGCCCCUGCAGAGAGCUGUGGCGGCGAGAAGCAGCAGGCAGCACCCACCGACUGAGAGCAGCAGAGCGGGAGACGUUGGUUCCCCCAAGCAAGACUUGACCUUUUCCCCUCCUGGAGGACAGCGGAAGCCCACCCUCCCCUCUCUUUCUAAACUGCCAUCUAAUAAAAACGGGCGUCUG